GUUCAGUUUAUGAGAGCAUUCACUUUCCCUUUUCCUUUCCAAACUCGCCAUGAAUCUCUCUCUCUCUCUCUCUCUCUCUCUCUCUCUGUGCCAAACGUAGUCCAAAUUACUUUCUAACCCAGUCUAUGCCUCAAUCACUGUUCAUGUUGUGACUACUUUGGUUGGUAUUCCGUAUAGAAAGAGAUGGUGGAAAGGUUCGGAAGCGCAGCGAACUUUGCUAAGAGAAGGAUCAGGUGGAAGAGCUGGAAAGUUUGCUCAGGGUUGGUGGUUGUGAGGUUGGAUUGGAAGUUCAUGGCCACCUUCGCAGGAACCUCCCAGAAAUGCACAGCCUGCAGAAAGACUGUGUAUCUGGUUGACAAGUUGACAGCUGAUACCAGAGCCUAUCAUAAGGCCUGCUUCCGAUGCCACCACUGCAAAGGUACCCUCAAGCUCAGCAACUACUGCUCAUUUGAGGGAGUCCUAUACUGCAGGCCUCACUAUGAUCAACUCUUCAAGCGAACUGGUAGCCUAGAUAAGAGUUUUGAAGGCACGCCAAAAAUUUUGAAACCAGAAAAACCUACUAUCGAGAAUGAGAAUACCAAAGCAGUAUCAAGCUUGUUUGGUGGUACCAAAGAUAAAUGUGUGGGAUGUGAAAAGACGGUAUAUCCCAUUGAGAAGGUCUCGGUGAAUGGGACUGCUUACCACAAGAGGUGCUUCAGAUGCACCCAUGGAGGUUGCACCAUAAGCCCAUCUAACUAUAUUGCACAUGAAGGAAAGCUCUACUGCAAGCACCAUCACAUCCAGCUCUUCAAGGAGAAAGGAAAUUACAGUCAGAUGGAGAAUGAAAAGCAAUCAACAAACGAGAAAACCACUACUGUGGAGAUUGCCAGUCACUAAUAUCGAGCUGUAAUUUUGCCUCUGGAAUGGCUUUUGAUGUAAUGCAAUUUUGAACUGCAACUCUUUAAUAUGUGAAAAAGGAUUUUCUGGGGCA